CGGGUGCAUAAUGCUGACGGAUUCGGGUCGGGUCUGGUCGGGUCUGGUUGAUCGUCCGACUCGUCGCAGGAAAACAAACACAUUUGAUUUUGAGGCGUCGAGUCGGGCGCGGUCGGCUUGUGCACGAUUGCUGCUUUGCACCUUCAAUCUGGUUAGCAAACCGACCCGACCCAACCCGAUCCGAUCGUCCAAUGGGCGUCGUGUAUAAUAUGGCUCACACAAAUAAUGUCAAGCAUAGUGUGUCUGUGAUGUGGUGCUUAGGAGGAUGAUCCUUUUUUGCCUUGUUUUGUUAACCGGGGAGAUCCUGUGGGGAUCCUGGUUUGACCACGUCCUCGAGAUGGAGAAGUUCAUGAAGGAAUACCCAGACAACCCCGUACAUGUCGUUCAGUAUGAGAAGAUGAAGGAAGACCCCGUUAGCGAAAUCAAGAAGCUUUGUGACUUCCUGGACCGACCGAACGUGGAUGUGGAAGAGCUUGCUCUAGCAACAAGCUUUGCGCAAAUGAAACAAAUCAAGGAUCCCGUUUACAAGCAGAGUGAAGGGACUUAUUGUCACGAAGGCGCUGCUGGUGUGAUGGUCAAAGGAAUGAUUGGCCGGUGGCGCGAACAGUUUACUGUGGAUCAGAGCGAACGCUAUGAUAAAGCUUUUGAAGAGAAGAUGAAAGGCAGUAAGCUGGCGGAUAUGGUGAGAGAAUAUAUCUAGGUACGUCUGACUGGUGUUCAGGCUCCGACCUAGAUUACAGAACAACCUUUCAGAACAAAGGAUGAUGUUUUAAAAGUUGUUUCCAGUUCUUGCUCAAAGCACCCAAGACUUUUUUUUCCUUUUACCCACUAUGGGAGAGGAGGAUAUAAUAUCUGGUAGAUUUUUCAAUACGCCAUGUGCAUGUCAAGUUUACCUUAGAAUGUAU